GUCACCGAUAGGUCAAUGUCCGGCUGUUAAGAUAUCAACCGUAAACAAAUGUUUAUUAUGGUUUUGUGUUGAUUAAUGGAGAAAUCUGGCGUUUGAAGUGCCAGCACAAGAGGGAGCAGUGAGUUCACAACUUUCUGUGGUAUCUCCAAAUUGUACCCCCACCCAAACCUUCCUUAAAUUAAAAAACAAAGAGUAAGGAACAUCAACCUUCAGCCUCCCAGUCAUAAGGAUACAACCAAAAGGGAGACAAGAAAAUACUGGACAUUACAACAGGAGAACAUCUGGUUAUUAUACUCAUGAGACAGCUGUUGUUUUCAAUUGUGAGCUUUGACAUGUAACAUGCUGAAUUUAGUCCAUUUGAGCUUCAUCUUUCCUGGUUAGAAGUUCAGUUUUAUAUCAAGUAAGAAAAGAGCUAUUUAAAUCAUUUUUUCAUGAAAGUUGUAGUUUGUGAUUUUAAGAUAACGUAUAAAGUAACUUCCAUUUAAUUAAAAAUCUGUUACAGUACUAUAGAAUGACGUUCUAUAAAUUCUUUUAAACUGCAUGUUUACAUUUACAAAAUAGAUCUUAGAUAAGUAGAUGCAACAUAAAUUAAUGGAUAGGAAAAUGUCUAACACAAAAGUAUUUUAAGUAAAUAUUUCUUGUCCUUUGUGGUAGUAAUUGAAGAGGAAGUACGUAGUGUAAUAAAACUUUCUUGCCUUGAAUUUUAAUACUAUUGGUAAAAUGAAGUUUGUUCUACUGGAACAAAUUUAUUGAUUUGUGUAAUGUUAGAGAUUUUUCAGGAUAUGCUUUAAGAUGAAUUUCUGUACUUUGUGAAUUAUACUCAGGUAAUCUGAGCUCUGAUAACUUUACAGAACUUUAAACAGAAAAAUACUGUGAAAAUGAAUUCAGAUGUAAACAGAGAUGGAAUAGACCCUUUAUCAUACACUAUCAAACAAGAGGCCAAAGAUGUGGAUGAUGUUCAUAUGUCAGAGUUUGUUGACUGUAGUAAAUUUUGUAUUGCAACAAUCGACAUAAAAAAGGAACCAACAUCAGUUGACAUAAAAAAGGAACCAGGAACUUUUGAUUCUAGUGAUAAUGAAAUGGAAAGUAUGUAUAUUGGGGCACAGAUUGAUAAUUCAGGUUAUUGUAAUGAUAAAAGUGGAGAGGAAGGAAUUGGUUCACCAAUGGCUGGUGAAGGUGAAACAGCUCUUAGAUGUGAUAUUUGUGCAAACACAUUUCCAAAUGAAGAUACCCUCAUAAUGCACUUGAAAAUUCACAUAGGGGAGAAGCCUUAUACCUGCCAAGAAUGUGGUAAGGGAUUUAUUUUGAAUGAUACUCUUCAGAUGCAUUUGCGAAUCCAUACUGGAGAUAGAUUGUAUACGUGCAAAGAAUGUGGUGAGAGAUUUAAUUCAAAUGAGACCCUGGAAAAUCACAUGAGAAUUCACACUGGUGAGAGAGCAUUUUUAUGUCAGGAAUGUGGGAAGACUUUUAAUUCAAAUGUGACGCUCAAGAAUCACCUGAAAAUUCAUGCAGGCCAUAGACCAUACACGUGCCACCAGUGUGAUAAGUCGUUUCAGCGAGAAGAACAUUUGAAGGACCACAUGAGAAUUCAUACUGGUGAGAGACCAUUUGUUUGCAAUGAAUGUGGGAAGACUUUUAGCCAGAAUGGGAAUCUCAAGAAUCACAUGAAAAUUCACACUGGAGAGAGACCAUUUCCAUGCAAGGAGUGUGGCAAAUCGUUUUUCAGGGGAGCACAUCUCAAUGAGCAUAUGAGAACUCACACAGGUGAGAAAUUAUAUGAAUGCACAGAGUGUGGAAGGGCUUUUAGUGAUAGGGGUAAACUCACAGUUCACAUGAGAAUUCACACUGGAGAAAGACCAUUUGAAUGCAGCCAUUGUAGAAAAACCUUCAAUCAAAGUGGCACUCUCAAGAAUCACUUGAAAAUUCAUUUAGGAGAAAAACCAUAUGAAUGUAUUGAAUGUGGAAAGUCAUUUAGUGAAAGUGGAAGUCUUAAAAAUCACAUGAGAAUUCAUACGGGCGAGAGACCUUUUAAUUGCAAUGAUUGUGGAAAAACAUUUAGUGAAAGGUCAACUCUCAAGAAACACAUAAGAAUACACACUGGAGAAAAACCUUUCACAUGUUCUGAAUGUGGAAGGACUUUUAGUCAGAGUGGAAAUCUCAAAAAUCACAUGAAAGUUCACACAGGAGAAAAGCCAUUUUCAUGUGAUGAAUGUGGAAAGACAUGUAGUGAAAGAGGCGCUCUUAAGAAGCAUAUGAAAGUUCACAAACUUCCUAUGUAGAGAGAGUUUUUGAUUUGAUGAUUAUGGAGGGAAUUUACUUAUAAGAGGAAGUCAGAGGGAAAUAAUAAGUCUGGUGGAGGAUAGUCACUGAUGGAUGUGUAAAGCUGCCUAAAUUUAUACAUAGUACAUGGGUGUAAUGGUUGUCCAGGAAUAUUCUGGCAGUGAUUAUUUCAGUGAAUGAAACUGCUCCAACCACUGACCUCUGUAUAGUUAUCAGGACAGUUAUUUGAUAAAUAGUCUCCUUUUAAAUGUCAAUUGUCUUUAUAUAAUAAUUUGUAUGUUACAUAUUCAUACAUAUUACAAAAUAUAAGCAUUAUUUAAGCAUUAUGUAUUUUUUGUUAAGUAAAAGUGUUAGGAACCAUGUGAGAAUUAUGGAUGGAGCCCUGCAGUUCUCAGGUAAGAAUGAAUUGGAUUAUCAUAUAUCUUAAUCAGUUAGGAUUAGAACCCUUUUUAUUAUGUGGGGAUCUAAAAUUCCUGCUUCUGAUGUUUAAAAAAGAAGUUAUUACCACAUGUUUUUCAUAGUUUAUAAAUUAGAGUACAGUGGCACGAUAUCUCUUGUUAAAUUCUAUAAACAUGGUAUUCCUCAAGAAUGAUCAUAUGAUCAUAGUAUAUAGUUAUGUAGCAUUCUAUAAAUGAAAAAUUGUUUUUAAGGACGAGUCCAGCAACCUUCUUUAUACUAAUAUCUUAGCCUUUCAGAUAUGCUAGAAACAACCUUGGGAGAACUCUCAUUGUAUUAUUGUGUUGUUGCUCUCUAAUGUUAAUGGAAUUCAGCCAGUGAUUUUCAGUUAGGUGACAGUCACAUUCUUUAUUCGACCACUAUGGAUCCAGGAGGGAAGAGGUAGUUUUGUUUUUUUAAGUAGAUGCCAGAAAACAAUAUUCAGAUAUGACAGAACUUCAAAGAUAUGCAUUCAUAUAGGGACUUUUUAUUUUUAUAGAUCUGCAUCUUUUCUAGAUUUAGUAGUAGGCUAGCUUAUGAUAUGAUGUUAAGACUUGAUACUGUUUUACUUUA